CUCUUGGGUUGUAGUAGACAUUUAUUCUAAACCUGAUUUCUUAUUGUUCCCUCUAGAUGCCAAGAAUUUCAGCCAAAUCUAAAAGACAGUCUGCCUUGAAGAGGUGGAAGACAACCAAUGAGAAGGAAAUACUAGAGUCUUACUUCGAGUUAGACAAUAACUGGGGUAAAAAGACUAUCAACUACGUAAAGGACCUCGUAGAACUUAGCGAAGAACAGAUUUAUAAAUGGGGCUAUGAGAAGAGGAAAAUCUCAACUUCUUGUAAAGAUAAAAGAUUAUCUGCUACUGCACAGAUAAGCAAAAUUGAGGAAAAUUUCCUGAACAAAUCUCUUGAUUACAACUCGAUUGUAUCUGAUCUAUUCCCUGAGAGUGAAGUUGAGAAUGAAAAGCUUACUAAAGAGGAGAAAGCUAAAUAUGAUCAACUUAGAGAUCAGAUUCUGAAGAAAUCAGCUGAUCUUAAAAACAUGAGUGAGCUUGAUCAGAUCCUCUUAGAAAGAUUGCCUGUUCCUAAAAUUUCUCUGAAUAAAAAGGCCCCAUCCUGCAGAAAAUCCACCAUUGACGAGCAUUCUACCUUGAAUGAAGGAUUCGUGAGAGAGGAAGUGGCAAAAAGGUGCCAGGAAGAGCCCGUUCAUUCCUUUUUCGAGUCUCAACUAGAGAACUCUAGAAUCUUAAACCAAGGAGAAGAAUACCAAUUUCCAAAGAUCGACUCAAACGAGUAUGAUUACUUACGAAUGGAGGAAAAUGUUAAUUUUGGAGAGCUUCCUAAUGGGAUUUUCAAUUCCUCCAAUAUCUUUGGAGAUGAGAGCCAGAACAGACUAUUCCAACUCUAAUUAUGACAAGCAUCCCUUGUUACUUCAUACUAACUUUUAUAAUAA